GGUGAUGCUUCGAAACGAAUGAUUCGCCGUUAUGUAAAGAGCUUCAAUGGUUUUGCUGCGUUUUUGACCGAUUACGAAGCGAAGACUUUAUCUGGUGUUGAUGGAGUUGUGUCUGUGUUCCUAAGUAAGGAGAGGCAGCUUCAUACAACGAGGUCAUGGGACUACAUGGGCAUGCCAACAAACGUGCAUCGUGCAGCUUUGGAGUCUGAUAUUAUCAUCGGCAUGUUUGACACCGGAAUUUGGCCGGAAAAUGAAAGCUUCCAGGAUUCAGGAUUUGGGCCACCGCCGAGCAAGUGGAAGGGGACGACGCAAGCAAGUGCUAGUUUUGUAUAUAAUAAUUUUUUUGACAAGAUCAUCGGAGCCAAAUACUACCACCAUGAGGGCGAUAUAAUCGACGGUAACGGGAACACCCCCUCUCCCCGCGACACCGACGGCCACGGCACCUCAACCGCAUCCAUCGCUGCCGGCCGCUUGCUUCCCGGCACCAGUUUCGGCGGCCUUGCAUCGGGCACAGCCCGAGGUGGUGUUCCGUCAGCCAGGCUAGCUAUUUACAAGGUCUGCUGGAAAGGCAACAAGUGCUCCGACUUCAACAUCCUAGCAGCUUUCGACGACGCCAUAGCAGAUGGGGUCGAUAUCAUCUCCAUCUCCAUUGGCGAGUCGAUAUCGAAGCAAUACUUUGAGGACGCCAUCGCAAUUGGAUCGUUCCAUGCAAUGAAGAAGGAUAUACUAACGAGUUGUUCGGCGGGGAACUCAGGGCCAUCGAGAAGUACAUUGAGUAAUUAUGCACCGUGGAUGCUGACGGUGGCGGCCGGGACUAUAGAUAGGAAGUUUGUGGCUAAUGUGAAGCUUGGAGAUGGCCAGGUCCAUGAGGGAAUGGCAGUGAAUAUGGUGGGAUUAGAUGAUGUAAUGUAUCCUUUGGUAGAAGGAAGAAAUGCGCCCAAUUUGACGGCAGGCAUCAGCGGGGCGCGUUCUGCAUACUGCAAUAAUGGGGCAUUAAACGCGGAUGUGGUGCGAGGAAAAAUUGUUAUUUGCUCUGGCGUGACCAGUGAUGGCUCUGAAUUAACACGGGUGCAGGCCGCUGGGGCAAUAAUGAACUCAUAUUAUCCAGUCAACUCGGCCUAUCAAUUCAGCGUCCCAUCAUCAGUACUUGGAGCUCACCCAAUGUUUGCAAUCCAUAAGUAUCUAAAGAGCACUAGUACCGUGCCUUGUAAUUAUAGCCAACCUACGGCAAGUAUUUCGAAGACACAGGCAAUAUUUGAUGGAGCGCCACCUAUCGCGGCUUCGUUUUCUUCUCGUGGGCCAAAUCGUAUCACUCCAAACAUUCUCAAGCCGGAUAUAACAGCACCAGGGAUUAAUAUUUUAUCAGCGACAUCGGGAAAAUCUACAAGUCUGGCUGUGGGAACAUCCGCUGCUUGCCCGCAUGUUAGCGCGGCUGCUGCUUAUGUCAAGUCAUUCAAGCCAAACUGGUCUCCAGCUGCAAUUAAGUCUGCUCUUAUGACUACGGCCAAGACGAUGAGUUCAGAUAAAACCCCAGAAGCGGAAUUCGCUUACGGGGCAGGCUACUUAAACCCACUUGCAGCUCUGAAUCCCGGUUUGGUCUACGAUGCUGAAGAAAAGGACUACGUAAAUAUGUUAUGCAGCCAAGGUUACAACACUGAAAGACUUAAACUCGUAACUGGAGAUGAUAGCAGCUGUACUUCGGCCAACAACUCGACGGAGCUCAACCUCAAUUAUCCCUCCUUCGCUUUAUCUGUUUCCUCUAAUGAGAAACCCUUUUCAGCUUCAUUUUUAAGAACGCUGACAAAUGUUGAAGACGAUGGUUCCACUUACAAGGCAUCAGUGAUCGAACCUUCUGGCCAGAUAAACGUAAGUGUGGAACCGAAUGUAUUGACGUUCGAAAAGAUGAUGGAGAAGAAAUCGUUCGUGUUAAAGGUUGAAGGAGCGGCUGUGAGAAGUGUGAUCUCGGCUGCUUUGGUGUGGAGUAAUGGCGUGCGAAACGUGCGUAGCCCGAUUGUAGUGUUUUUAUAUUAAGAAAUUGUUCA